UGAUGGAUUCAUCUUCCUGCACCGUAUAUAAGAGUGGCAUUAAGUGGAGUCAACAGAGAGACCAGUGACAUCAGGGCUGAGCCAGGCUCCCUUCAGCAGCUUAAACAGCCAGUAUAGAGAUGCCUGCCACCAACAGACUCAUUACUGACACCCGGAUGUCAGACAAAGCAAAAAAAGGCAAAGGUGGAAACGCAACCACAGAGAACAUCCCGGCCUAUGAGCCAAAUAUCCCCGAACCGAAAUGCAGAGCUGAUCUCAUCAAACAUUGGUACAACAUUUGCCUGGAUGACAAGACAGCCAAUAAGAUGCUGUGGAUUGGGGAGAAUGGUGCUAAGGUUGCUCGUAUGACCGACGAUUUAACUUGUCCUGUCUUGGAUAGACCAGAGCGAUAUGAGUAUUCUCCACAGGUUCUUUGCAAAGAAGCCAUCCUGGGCUUCCGAGGCUACUGGGAGGUGGCGUACUCCGGGUGGGUCGUGGUCGGGGUCGCCUACGAACGAGCAGGAAGGAGGAACACCGAUGGAUUCUGCGGCCUUGGAGAGAACGAGGAGUCCUGGUGCAUUGGCUGGAGUGGUUCCAGCUAUAGUGCCUGGCACAAAGGCCGCCAUGUAGAGAUCGAGGGGAUCCCUAAGUUCCCCACAAUUGGUGUGUACCUUGACCAGCCUGCUGGUAUCCUAAAUUAUUACGGUGUGGAGGAGGUGAAGGAGGAAGAGGAGAGCACAGUAGGAAAGGAGGUUCAUCUUUUGCAACAAGUUAGGUGCCCCUUUGAGCAGAAAAUGAUACCAGGUUUCUGGGUGGCGCCGCAGUCACACUGUUUGAUCCUAAAGAAGGAGGAAUAAAGGGCUGACAACAUUAGAAUAUUAUAUCUAAUAGGCAGUGAUUAUGAGCAGAGCUCUGGCUGAGAAAGGAGUGAAACUAUCUCGUCCUUUUUUAAUCAAGCUACAAUUAUGGCACAAUACCAACUGCCGUUAACAUUUGUGUUCCAUAAGCUUGCAUUAACCCUAUGUGGGUGACAUCAUAAUUUAGACAUUAGCACACAUGAGAUAUUCCUACAUAUAGCAUCUCAGAGGUUUACACAGUAGUUUUUAGGUUUGUACAUUUUAAUGUAGGCAACUAAGUUCAGUCGGGUAGGGGUUAAGCUGGGAUUCACUUUUUUCACACUCUAUAUGGACUUUCCUGAAACCACUGGACCAGUAUUUUUAUUCCUCCAUUGUUAUUGUUUGCUAAUGUAAAGAAAAUCCUAGUUUGGUGUGCAGAAUGUAAAGUUUAGAUAAAUAAUAAAACUGAGUGAGACA